UUCGAAGCAUUUUUACUACCACUGUUAUUGCCACAAAUCAAGAGGGCAAAGUGAACGGCAUGGGACUCACACUAACUUUAACGAACUUGAGUCUGGUUCCUACUACUGGGAAGUUCACGGCCAAACAUUUCACAUGCAGAUGAUAAACAGCAAAGAAAAUGGAAACAAGAUUUCUGGAAACAAUAUUUCUAUGUAAAUCUUGAGCACAGAAUUGGUUGAUUUUGCAAACUCACAGACAAACUCACAGCAAAACAUGACAAGCCUGUCGAGGUUUAGUGGCUGUCCUCUUUCUUGCGUCAACCCCGGGGAGAGCAAUACUGAACCCAGCGUGGUGCUGCCACCUUUGGCAGGGGAGCACAUGGGGCACCCCACUGGCAGUUCCUUAAAACUCUGCCCCUCGCACAAUUUGCGAGACUACCCUGAGACGAGGUCCAGUGCAUAUGUUGACCAUUCGGUUCCCCAUUUUGGAGACUCUGGAUACUCCAGACACCGUUUAGAGCACAGCCCUAGGGGUAUUAUCAUUGGAGCCAAUCUUUCUGGAACCGGAAUGCCACCCGUCACUGAUCAACUGGUAUCAAGAAGUAACCAACAUGGCGGGAUUGGAAGGUACCGUGACCUGCCUAGCUAUAGAGAUAGCAGAAGCCAUGCUUUUUUCACCGCAUAUCACGAUCAGGCCCAUGGUUCCUCCGACGCGACCCGAGAUCUCUCCGGUCAAGUGAUGUUGGGUCUACCUGGGGACCUCCUCACCCGGACGCACCCUUACGGUCAGAGCAUCAACGGCCCCAGGGGAAACAGCCAACAACUCGUUUCUCAGUUCCUGGGUCUCUACAAACCGCUGAACAUGGCAAUUCAGCGUGGAGGAGGUGACGCUUUCCUCAGGUGCUCCAGACAGAACCUGAAGCACGAACUGGUGUGCAAGUGGACUGACAGCCAAGAGGGGUCUGGGAAGCAGUACUGCGCCAGAACCUUCGGGACUAUGUAUGAACUUGUCACCCAUGUGACAGUGGAACAUGUCGGAGGACCAGAGCACUCUGAAUACGUGUGUUACUGGGAGAAUUGUCCGAGGGACAGAAAGCCUUUCAAAGCCAAGUACAAACUGGUGAACCACGUCAGAGUCCACACAGGGGAAAAGCCAUUUCCCUGCCCUUUCCACGGUUGUGAAAAAGUUUUUGCAAGAUCAGAGAACCUCAAGAUUCACAAGAGGACACACACAGGUGAAAAACCUUUUAAAUGUGAGUUCGAGGGCUGCAAUCGGAGGUUUGCUAACAGCAGCGACAGAAAGAAGCAUUCUCACGUGCACUCCAGUGAUAAACCCUACAUGUGCAAGGCCAGAGGGUGUGAGAAGUGUUACACCCACCCAAGUUCCCUCCGGAAGCACAUGAAGCUCCACUGCAAGGUAUACAGCGCGAAAAGCAGCGAUGGGCGCGAUGGGGACGGGGAACACCUUGCUGUGGCCAGGUCACCCGAAGUAACAGAUCAAUCGGAAACCGCCUCGUCCACCACGGUGACACAACCUCAGCCCCCCACUUCCCAAGAGUCCUUAUCCCCUGAGCUUCAAAACGAGUCCACUCUGAGGUCACGUUUCCACCACACAUUCGACAACAGUUUGGACUACUCCUCACAUAGGUCGCAGGGCCUCUUGGAUCCAUUGUUGAUCCAGAGGAGCAGUUACAGACCUGAGCCCACCCAAUACCCAUGCAGUCAGGCAGGCCACAGUUUCGCCCAGAGCUCCAGGACAUUUUCCACUGCCUCACCCUUUCAGAAAAGUAUUGUCAAUGGGUGGUAUACGUGCCACAGUGGCGUGGACGCUUUCUCACCAAAGCAGUGUAACAACGACAUAUCAUCCAUUUGACUCAGUUAUGUCGCCUGAGUGACGUUGACCUACACAACUUGGGUCUAUUUCUGUUAUGACGUCUGUUGUUCUUGGAUUAUAUAGGCCUAUUAUUGCGUGUGUUUCUUGUCGAUGUUGUAAACUAUACAAAUGUGCCACGUCGAAGUUAUUAUGUGUCGUAGUUUUGAAAACUUGCUCAACUAUAUAUACAGCGUUGCGAAAUGCGUGAUGGUAAGCUUUAACUGUUCUGUGACGCACAAACUAUAUAGGCCUAUGUGUGGUGGGCCUUGAGUUAUGUCAGCUGUAAGAAACGGGCCUAUUGUAACACACGUGUAGGCUACAGUGAACACUCACCCCCCUUCUGCUGGAGUAUUAGAAUAGAACAUCAUGAAUAGAAAUGCUGUCUACAGUAGAUCUGCCUAUUAUUUGAAUGGUCACCCUCAUAGAUGCUUUCUAUAGGACAAGGAAACGAAAUGGCUUCAACGGGGAUGUCUAUGCGUCGAUAUAUAUAUAUAGGUCUAUAUGCAUAUCUGAAUGUAGCAAACGUGAUAUAAAAGGAACUAUACUUGUAUUGUUGCUUGGAAGGCUAUACCAGUAUAUAUAAAGGACUGGGUCUUCGUGGAAUGUAACUGUAUUGUAUUGUGGGAAAGCAUAGAAACGUGCAUUACUUAUGUCGUGUUUAAUGUAAGGCAGAACUUGGAAAUAAAAUUUGAUUGAAAACCUA